AGGGAAAACCACUUGCACAGAGAGGGGAGUUCAUCGAGAAGCCUGGAAGUUCUCAGGCAUCAUGAAUCUCAUUCCUCACCUGUCAACAGGGACAUGGAUUCUCCUGGCUGCUCUUUUUCUGCUUAUAUUACUCUAUGGAAUUUGGCCAUAUGGAUUCUUUAAGAAAAUGGGAAUUCCUGGACCUACUCCGUUGCCAUUCAUAGGAACAUUUCUGGAAUUUAGGAAAGGAAUGGUACAGUUUGAUGCAGAAUGCUUUAAGAAAUAUGGGAAGAUGUGGGGAACAUAUGAUGGGAGAAAUCCCGUACUUGCAAUAAUGGACCCUGCUAUAAUUAAAACUAUUCUUGUGAAAGAGUGUUACACUAAUUUCACAAACAGACGGGUAAGAUGAUUAUGAAUAUAAUGCUUGGGCGUAUUACUAGACAUU